AUGGUGGCAAGUCCUUUAUCCACGACAGCCAGAAGAGUAUUUGACUCUCGCCCAGAUUGUUUGCCGGUUGAAUUUCAAUUUCAAUUUCUAAAUUGCUGGAAAUUGGACCGAAAUGCACGAAACAGCAUAGUGGCAGACUUAGAAUGGAAGUUGCUACACUUGAAAGCCAAUUAUCCGGGAAGCGAAAAUUUUAUUUCAUCCGGGAUCAAUUUUCCAGGAGGUGACGUUCCAGAUUGGUUCAACUAUAAAAGCUGGGGAUCCUCACUAGCUUCAAAGCUUCCUACACAUUGGUUUAAUGAUGAGUUCGUUUGCUUGGUUUUCAGCAUUGUUCUUGAAUGCAAGGACUUCCCAAAGUACAUUGACUGUGGUCUUAACUCUAAUUGCCAUAUAAGAACCAACAGAGGUGACAGCUUCAAUGUUUAUCACGGUUUGGAGUUUUGUCCGGUACUGCGAGAUGCUAUUUGGUCGAAUCAUGUCAUUUUAAAUUAUGAUGAAUCAUGGAUAAAUUAUUGGAGAAGGAUACCCGAAGAAGCAGAUGAUGUGGAUGAGAUCACAAUUGAAUUCGGUAUUGGGGAAUAUGCCGGAAAUAAGGAUUUUAAGAUCAAAGAGUGUGGGAUGCAUUUACAAUACACUCAUGACAUAGAAAUAGACAUGGUCGUUCGGUGGUCCAACCUAACUCUCCUUGUGGUGAUCUGACCCAGUUCCCCUUAAACCCAGAUUGCAUGGAUGAUGAUGUUGAAGAAUCAGAUAUAGAAGAUGCUAAAGAUAAUGGAGGCCAUAAUGACGAUAGUUGCAAUGUGGACAGCCCUGUUGAAAAUUUAGUUCCUGUACUAAGUAGGAAGAAAAUGAAAUGGAAGCUAAAUACGUUUAGAUUUACUAAAUUUCUGACGGUCCGACGGAAAUCAACUCGAAAAGUUUCGAGAAACUAUUGUAAGGUCAAAAGAGCUCCCCACGGCAGAGAAGAUGGAUAUAGACUUUCAAUGAUCCAACCUAACUCUCCUUGGCAUGAUCCGACCAGUCGUCCUUGAAGCCAGGAUGUAUAUGUUGACCAAUGGAAAUCAACUCAAAAGGGGGGCCUACAAUUUGAUCCAGUUCUGAUCCUGUUUCAGCACAAUUUCUCUUCUU